AUGACUAUUCUGGCUUCUCGUUUACUGUUAAGCCAAACACCAUUAUUAUCUCUUUCAACAAAAAGAUAUGCUCCGCGAAUAUCCAAUAUACUCUACUUGAAUCAGAAAGCAUAUAAUUCAUAUGGAAAUGCUGAUGAAUACGCGUUUCUUGGCCCACCUCCAGAAACUCGAAAAAUACCUCGAAAUACAUUUGACCGACUUUUACAACCAGGUCUGGCUAUUGUGAUUCCAUUUAUCGAACGAAUAAAGUACGUUAAGAGUCUUAAAGAAAUUUGUUUAAACAUUCCAACUCAAAGUGCUAUAACGCAAGACAAUGUUACAUUAGAACUUGAUGGUGUAUUAUAUAUAAAAGUCGUUGAUCCUUACAAGGCGUCUUAUGGUGUUGAAGACGCCGAGUAUGCAAUUGCACAAUUGGCCCAGACAACAAUGCGGGCCGAAAUUGGUCAAAUGACCUUGGAUAGAACAUUAGCGGAACGUUCUCAUUUGAAUGCAAAUAUAGUUGAUGCAAUUAAUAGUGCUUCAGAAGAUUGGGGCGUCAAAUGUUUAAGAUACGAAAUACGUGACAUUAAACCACCCGAAAAGGUUGUGCAGUCUAUGCAUUCUCAGGUAUCUGCUGAGAGGUCAAAAAGGGCUUCCAUAUUAGAGUCUGAAGGUGCGAGGCAAGCUGCUAUUAAUGUUGCGGAAGGUUCAAAAGAAUCUGUGAUAUUGGCUUCACAGGCUGAAAAAGCUGAACAAAUAAACAAAGCGUCCGGUGAGGCCGAAGCUAUUAUUCUUCGUGCUAAUGCUACCGCUGAAGGUAUUCGGCGAAUUGCUUUGGCUAUAGAAGAAAAACAUGGUCCUGACGCAGUUGCGCUCACCGUGGCCGAGAAAUAUGUAGAGGCCUUUGGACAACUCGCUAAACAAGGCAAUUCUAUAAUUGUGCCAGCUUCUGUUAGCGAUGCUGGAUCAAUGAUUGCUCAGGCUCUGUCUAUAUAUAGUACUGUUUCGAAAAAAGAUAAAUUAACUCCCUAA